AGAAGGUUCUGAUGUAAUGCCAAACGCAGGCUGGUGUUGGUUCGAUAAUCGGCUUCACAAGUCUGAAAUUGCUCAACAUUGUGACGUUUCCCAUUGCAAAAGGCUCCGUCAACACUUAUGCGUGACUGAAAUAGUUCUGCACUCACAUGCCCCACUGAACAGGUUAUGAAAGUCUCGUAUGCCACAUAAUGGAACAGUGGGCCUCUUGUGUGAGUCCACACUGGUUAAAUGUCCCGCUAAGCCCCGCUGAGUCGCUAAUCUCUGCAGAACCGCCGCCGCCAACUAAGCAUCAGUCUCUUUCGAAGUGUUGUGUGUGAAGCACCAGAAUGAGUCCAACGCUGAGGACGGUGUACCAUGUCUCAGCCUUCAGCUGGUAUGUCUUCAUCAUCAAGAGCAUGACAGCCAGGGCCGGACAGCAGCUGCCUCCUGGGAUUUUUGUUUACGGAGGACCUUGGAAGUACCUCACCUUCUUGAACUUGCUAUUGCAAAUGCUUUAUUUUGCUCUGGCUGUGGCCACGGAUCUUCCGCCGGGGAAGAAAACUGACAGCACUCUGAGCAAAUCUAAAGAUCUCAUCUUCACUGUCUUUGCAUUUCCUGUUGGCAUGUUUGUAGUCAUCUUUUUCUGGACGGUAUUCGCCUAUGACCGAGAAUUGGUGUACCCGGCUUCUAUUGACGCCUUCUUCCCGCCGUGGAUGAACCAUGCCAUGCACUCUGCUGUGCUGCCUGUGCUACUGGGAGAAGUUCUGGUGCAGCCACAUGUCUACACUAAGACCAGGAACGCCCUGGCUCUGCUGGGUGCGGUGGGCCUGACGUACUUGUCUUGGAUUAUUUGGGUCUAUUUGUCUGCUGGAAUCUGGGUUUACCCCCUUCUUGGACACUUCAGCAGCAUCGGACUGGUUCUCCUUUUCUUCUUCAACAUGACCCUGGCGACCUUUCUCUACCUCCUCGGAGAAAAGCUCAACAGUUUGGCGUGGGGAAAAAUUCAUGUACAAAAUAAAAGCCAAUGAAGAUUACAAUGGAAAAAUGGAUGCGAGUGAAUGUCAAAAUAUAUUUUCAUUUUACCAUUC